AAUGAUUAAGAAUAAGAUAAAAAGAGUUAAAAUGAAGAAACAAUUAAUGAUUAAAUAAACAAUAUAAAUUAAGAACUUAACGAUAUUAAUAGCAAAAAUCUAUAGGAUACCAUAAUAUAAUUAUAAAGAAAAUUAGAAAAGAAAGAUUAAUAAAUUAAAAAUUAUUAGCUUUAAGUGUCUUAUUUAAAAAAAUAUAACUAUUAAAAUAUAAAUAACAAAACCAUUACAUAGAAUCUAAAUAAAGCAAAUAUUAAUAAUUGCUCUAUUAAUAAUAAUAAAACUAUAUAAUCAUAAUAAAAUAAUGAUAUUUAAUGGGAUAAAUAUUAAAAAUAAUAAAUUAUUAAUAACAUGAAUUAAGAAAGUAAUUUAUGGCUAGUUUAACAUGGAGAUGAGUUUUUAAAUACUUAAAAAAGUAGAGAAUAAAGCUCACCUUUGAAUAAAGUGAACUAUAAUAAUAGUCCAAAAUUAGAAAAAAACAAAA